AUGACAAUAAAAGCCAGACUGGCGCCUCGAGGGUAUUGGGUCUCAUUUUGCCUGGAAGAUGAGUUGUCUUCGACAUCAUCUUUGCUGAUACUGACGCUGCCCGCCUCCUUUUCCUGGUCCGGCUCCUCCUCUGGCGCUGAUUGUACUGGACUGGAUGAAGAUUCAUCGCUUGUCAACACCCAAUUGCGCUGCUCCUUCUUAAAAUCAAGAACUAUUGUCGCCACGGCAAUACCCAAGAUUACAGAUGAGUUCCACGGCCUGGAUAAGGUAUCGUGGUAUGGUUCUGCCUUUUUCAUGACCAAUGGUGGCUUCCAAUCCUCGUGGGGCAAGGCCUACAAGUACAUUCCAUUGAAGAUGACAUUUCUUCUCUCCAUCCUCGUCCUAGAGCUCGGUAGCCUGAUCUGCGCUGUGGCACCGAACUCUACAACCCUGAUUGCUGGCCGCGCGAUCUCCGGCCUUGGGGCUGCGGGAAUCGGAACUGGUGCCUAUACCAUCAUCGCUUUUGUCGCCGAACCCCGGAAGCGGGCCAUGUUUACUGGUAUUAUUGGAGAGUCUUACGGUUUUGCUUCCGUUGCAGAGCCCCUUAUCGGUGGUGUCCUUUCCCGACAAGGUGUCGUGGCCGCAAAGCCAGUCCCAGCGAGCUGGAAGGAGAAGCUAUUGCAGAUGGAUAUCGUCGGUAUAGCCAUGAUUAUGGGCGCUGUUGUGACCUACAUUCUUGCUUUGCAAUAUGGUGGUCAAAGCAAGGCAUGGAAUAGCGCCCAAGUCAUCGGUCUUUUGGUUGCCUUUGUUGUCAUCCUAAUCGUGUUCUGCGUGUGGGAGCGCUUUCAAAGAGAGCGGGCCAUGGUGAUCCCACGUCUAUUCAAGCAGCGCACAGUCGGGAUAAGCUGCAUUUGUACCUUUUUCUUCAGUGGCUCGUACUUUCUGGUCAUCUAUUACCUACCCGUCUAUUCCCAGAGCGUUGAGAACUCCAGCCCGGCCAUGUCGGAUGGGAAAAACCUGCCACUCAUAAUGGCCGUCACGUUGGCAAUGAUCUCUUCGGGCGUCAUGAUCUCUGCGACAGGCCUCGUCUCCCAGACCAAGGUUGUUGGCUCUAUCAUUUCCAUUAUUGCAUCCGGUCUACUCUACACCCUUGACGUCGAUACCAGUACGGAUAAAUGGAUUGGGUACCAAAUCCUGGGUGGCAUUGGUUGGGGCAUAGCGUUCCAAGUUCCUAUUAUUGUAGGCCAGAGCGUUGCAGAUCCCAAGGAUAUCCCUAAAGUGAAAUCUAGCUCCAAGUCCCUUUUUUCAUUUUUUAUGAAUGCUGGUGGUACGUCGUUCGUCUCGGCCGGACAAUCGGCUUUCGUUAACAAGCUUAUCGCUACUAUCCCCGCCACCGCUCCCGGUAUUAACCCAGCUACCGUGGUGGCCACAGGUGCCACACAAAUUCGGACUACCUUUCCCGCAAAUAAUGUCCCCGGCAUUGUGUUAGCGUACAUGGCCGGUAUCAAGGUGGCCCUGGCGAUGUCGAUUGGCGGGGCAGGCGCCGCAUUCAUUACCAGCUUGUUCAGUGACUGGAAAAGGCUCAACAAAAAGGCUAUGCAGGAUGCCAACGGCGCAGUUUGAGGCCAUAUACUUCUCGAUAACUGUAUUAAUAUUAACCAAGAUGGUGGCUCCUGGAUCGGUGCAAAAUGAUUCGGAAAAGACUUUAUUAAGGCAUGGACUACUUUGGGUGAUGGAUUUGGUGAAAUCAGUUAAAGACAGGGCCCCAAAUUUCGUCUGUGUCCGUAUCCAUCCUAACUAGACAUGUUCCGGCCUCUUCAUACUCAGCGGCUACGGUCUAGGUAUAUCAUCGAGUCUCGCAUCGUCUUCUAAAGCGAUGCGAUAGCAAACUCCAAAGGAACCGCAGCAAUUUAAGGCUAUAAUUGAGGGAAUGGUUCUCGUGAG